CAUGUGACUGUAACUUCUGCAAGCCAAAGUCGUUUGUUGUUAGCUGUGAAAAUGGAGCGGUUUAGAAGGCUAGUCAACUAUUUUGUGUUCCUGUCUGCAGUAUGGGAUGUCGCUCAUGUUCAGGACAGUGGAAUGCUCUUCCCUCGAGAGUCGUCGUCCCGAGAGAUCAAAGAUCUGAACGGGCUGUGGACCUUCAGAGCCGAUCUCUCGCACAACAGGAACCUGGGCUUUGAACAGGCAUGGUACAGAAGUCGCCUUGCAGAGACUGGUCCAGUGAUUGACAUGCCAGUGCCUGCCAGCUACAACGACAUCACCCAGGAUCCACGGCUGAGGGAUUUCAUUGGCUGGGUGUGGUAUGAGAGAGAGGUGUUGGUACCCUCACGAUGGCUGUCUGGUGAGGGAACCAGAGUCGUGCUGAGGGUCGGGAGUGCACACUACUACUCAGUGGCCUGGGUGAAUGGGAUCAAAAUAACAGAGCACGAGGGCGGCCAUCUUCCCUUCGAGGCUGAGAUAGGUGACGUCCUCCGAAAGGACCCAGGUGUGGCCUGCAGGAUCACCAUAGCUGUCAACAACACCCUGACUCUCCAGACCCUGCCCCCAGGGACCAUCCAACAUAUUGACGACCCCACCAGGUAUCCUGCUGACUAUGUUGUGCAAAACACCAACUUUGACUUCUUCAACUAUGCUGGUUUGCACCGUCCUGUGGUGUUGUAUACCACUCCUAAGGCGUAUGUGGAUGACAUCACAGUGCUGACAACCUUUGCUGACAACAUUGGGCUGGUCAGUUACCAGGUGUCAGUGCUGGGCAGUUCCAACGCCACGCUGAAGGUGACACUCUCAGACAAAGAUGGCCGCUCGGUUGCCUCCUCCACUGGACCCUCCGGGGUCCUCAAGGUGACGGACGUCAGCCUGUGGUGGCCGUAUCUAAUGCAUGAGAACCCAGGUUAUCUGUAUUCUAUGGAGGUUCACAUGACGACAGGUAGCGAGGGUUCUGUCUGUGAGGAUGUGUAUGCUCUGCCUGUGGGAAUCCGCACUGUGCAGGUCACCAACACACAGUUCCUCAUCAACAACAAACCCUUCUAUUUCCAUGGAGUCAACAAACAUGAGGAUGCUGAUAUCCGAGGGAAGGGCCUGGACUGGCCCCUGAUAGUGAAGGAUUUUAACCUGUUGAAGUGGCUAGGGGCCAACUCGUUCAGGACCAGCCACUACCCAUACGCUGAGGAGAUCCUGCAGAUGGCAGACCGCCAUGGCAUCGUGGUCAUCGACGAGUGUCCCGGGGUGGGCAUCAAAGACAUCCGUAGUUUUGGGUCCGCCUCCCUGUCUCAUCACCUGGUGGUCAUGGACGAACUGGUGAGAAGGGACAAGAACCACGCCUCCGUGGUCAUGUGGUCUGUAGCCAAUGAGCCAGCCGCUGAGAUGCCCCCUGCUGGAUUAUAUUUAAAGACACUGAUAGCUCAUACCAAAUCUCUGGAUGUCACUCGACCUGUCACCUUUAUCACAGCCAGUAACUUUGCCAGGGACAAGGGGGCUCCCUAUGUGGAUGUCAUCUGUGUGAACAGUUACUUCUCCUGGUACAGCGACCCAGGUCACCUGGAGGUCAUCCCCUUGCAGCUCAACACCCAGUUUGAGAACUGGUACGGGAAGUACCAGAAACCCAUCAUCCAGAGUGAAUAUGGAGCCGACGUGGUCCCAGGGAUACACACGGAUCCUCCCAUGAUGUUCACUGAGGAAUACCAGAAGAUAGUGUUACAGAACUACCAUGGUGUGUUUGACCGGAAGAGGAAGGAGUAUCUCAUUGGAGAGCUCAUCUGGAACUUCGCUGACUUCAUGACAGCACAGACGGUGACCCGCGUGGUGGGCAACAAGAAGGGAAUCUUCAGCCGGCAGAGGCAGCCCAAAGCUGGGGCCUUCCUCCUGAGGGAGAGGUACUGGAGGCUGGCCAAUGAGACGGGCUUGCUGCCCACCUGGGCCAGGUACCCCUGCUACCUGGCCACAUACCCCUGACACACCUGGGUCGUAUUCAGUAGCGCAAAACCCUGCACAUUUGUAACAAAACAUUUCAAAACGUUUUGCAACCGAAAACAAAAACAAGCAUUUCUUAUUGGACGAGUCCAGGUUGUCCUUCUCUGUUUUGUUCUGUUUGGUGCCUAAUUAACACACCCUUGUAUGGAGCUACUCCGACUCAGAACAUGACAACUAGAACGCUAUGAACACCACAGCACAUAAAUUACCAGAACCAACCUCACUGGAUCAAUGUCUGCGUUUACACAGGCAGCCCAAUUUUGAUAUUCCUUUCACUAAUUGGUUGGUUGUUUGACCAAUCAGAUCAGCUCUGAUAAAAGAUCUGAUUAGUGGAAGAAUGAUCAGAAUUGGUGUGCCUGUGUAAACACAGCCAUUGGGUGCGGUCCUCUGCUCAGGCGUUGCUGAUGCCUGGUAGAUCUCACAACGCCACAUAUGUUAUAGCAAUCUGUCAGUCAGUUUGAUUUGAAUAUGCUGAGCCAUAGGGCAACGGUCUAUGGCCCGUGACGUGAACGGUGAAAAGCAGUGAGAGAGAACAGUAAUCUACGCUGCUCGGUCAUGUUGUCAACAAGGCAGCAUGGUGCAUUGCCCAGAAACACGCAUCUCUUUUCCAUAAAAUAUAUGAUU